CACGGCCAGUCAGUCGCGCUCCAGCCGCCGCGGUGGAAGGUGCUUGUCGCUCCCUCUCUUUCGUUCGUAGUAGCCUCGCGCCGGAAACGCGGACUCCCUUCGCGCCAAAAACAAACGGAUUGUUCUCCCUCGUGCUCCGUGACACAUUGUGCAAACAAAUCAGUGGUCCUCUCGUGUGUCUCGCCGUUAUAUCGAGUGUUAACGAGAAUCGAGCACGUUGUGCGAACAAGUUGGCGCGUUACGCAACUCGUUGAUUCGCGCCACGCGGGAAACAGCGAACUUGCGGUGCAUCCUUCUUCUUCCUCGUUUUCGCUGUCACGCAGUUGCUUCAAGGACUGCCCGGACACGCGACUUGACGAUCGCAAGGACUUCCGAAAAUUCUAAAGUGGACAUGCAUAUCGAAGAUCGGCCUGAAGCUGCACACCGAUGACGCAAGGUCGCGUAAAAUCGGCCAAUCUGCCCUGCCAUUCUCCCCUACUAUUUCACCUUUAUCGGGUGAAUUUCACGGGUCGGAGUUCGCGGAAUAAAGGGAGGAAAGAGCGUUCAGAUUACGGUUUCGUCUUAAAUCGAGCGUACGAGGAACGGUCGCUUUAUGUUCUCGCCAAUACGUGAUCCUGUACCCUACGAUCUGCCAGACGUGCACGCGCCGACGUCGAGAGUCGGUGACGAGGUGACGACGAUCGCGACGACGACGACGACGACGACAGAGACGGAGAUCCGCGAAGAAACGAAUCAACCAAUGAUGGCUAAAAGCGCUGAGAGGCUGCCUGGCACUUCCACCAGGCUGAGGACCAGAGACGACGGCUGCUGCUCCGUGAACUUCCUGAAAUACGUUCUUCACAUUUACAACGUGGUGUUGUUCCUGUCUGGACUGGUUGUGGGCGGAAUCGGUAUCUGGACGGUGAUUUCGAAGCACAGCUACGUGUCCCUGAUGGCGACUGUCACGUACCCGAUUCUAGCAUACGCUUUAAUCGUCGCAGGUGUCCUGGCUGUGGUCGGUAGCUGGCUCGGAUGUGGCGGUGUAACUGCUGAAAAUAGAUGCGUUCUUCUCAUAUACGUGUUCGUCGUGAUGCUGGUGUUCGUGCUGGAGGCAGGAGUGGGCGCGCUGGCGCGACUCUAUGAGGAGCAAGUCGGCCCUGAAUUCAAGAUGACUCUUAAUCGUACCUUCCUCGAGAACUACUCCGUGAGGAGCAGGGAAACUGCCGCGAUCGACCAGAUGCAGAUAGAGUUCAAAUGCUGCGGAGCCCUGAGAUUCGAGGACUGGCUGGUGAGUGAGUGGCACAAAGACGAGGAUGUUCUGAAGGAAGGGAGCCUCGUGCCCACUAGCUGCUGCAAAACCCCGACGCCCCUUUGCGGAAGGAGGGACCAUCCAUCGAACAUCCAUUACACGGGCUGCAUCUACAAGUUCCUGGAGACGACGAAGGACCACUUGAUAAUCCUGGGCGCGGUCGGACUGGGCCUGUCCGUGCUUGAGCUGUUCGGGAUCGUCCUUGGUUCGUGUCUCUACAUAAAGCUCAGACACGACUUCGACGACUGAGGAUUACUUCAAGUCCGCGAGAGCAACAACAACGGCCGCUCGUGGUGCAGAUACAUGCAGAACGACGCAGGAGCCGUUUGAUCGCCGGCGCGGAUGGGCGCGGAGGAACGGUUGGCGUCCAAAGACGAGCCGUUUUCUCUCGUUGUUCGUCGUUCAGGAUGUCCCGCGUUCCUGGCUCUUCCUCCGCGCCACAAAGAGUCCAGACUGCGUGAUUCGUCCCCCCUGCGGGCUGAAACCGCGCACAAAGCGACUCGGGAAAAAAGCGAGCGGAAAAGGAGAUCGUGCGUGAGUUUCAGCCACCGCAACGGCGGAAAUCAUCAAAGAGCUGCUGCCCCCUCCUCCGUCGACUCUGAAUCUCCGUUAUCCCCGUGGCGUUUCGCGAAAAGGGGGCAACAAGAGGAACGCGGAUCGCCGGAAUCCCAGAGAAUCGAUGGGAAACAGCCAACGACGGAGUCUAGUUUCCCUCGGUUGGCCGACGCGCCCGAAGGAGGACAGAGAAGAGGAUGACAGAGGACGUCUCUCGUCCUGGUCUCCUUUGGCCACUGGACGGGAACCUAGAGGCUGGAUUCCGAAGAAAAGGGAAGGCUCUUUCGACUCCAGUGACUCCUUUCCUUGGACGAAUUUCGAUUGGCUCUGACGGAACGUCGUUGCACCUUUAAAACCGUACUCGCUACUUCCGAGGAAAACGUUCCAACGACCGCUGGCCAUUUUUCAACGUGUUCCGUGAUUUCUGGGCAGUGUUGGGCAACGUAGUUCGUGAUUACGGUUAGAGUACUACAACGAGAAGAGAACCGAGGGGCAUUCGAGUUGUAUAAAAUUUCAACAACAGUGCGUGGAUCCCCUCGAGUCUCUCCUCAGCAAGAAAUAGGAUUAAUCGGCCUCGAUCAGCUAUGAAAGAUAGCAAAUUAUUGAUUUACGAUUGCGGAUUUAAAGUGUAAUCUGAUCUAACAGUUUCAAGCGAUUACUUCGAAAGUAAUCGCAAUGUAAUCACUGCCCAACCCUGUUUCGGGUACUCUGAUCGACAUCCAAAUUAUUAAAUGCUCGUUGGCGACGAACGAACUUUACGGAGCAGUCCGUUAUAUCGUCAGCGAGGUUACCAUGGCACAAAUCAUGCUCUCUUUGUACACUGCCGUCGCCGAAUUCGCGCAAACGAUUCUGAAGCUUUUUAGCACGAGGAGCAAGGUGUAAUUGUUAAGAUGAAAUUAUCCGACGCUUGUAAUGUUUUUCCAAUAUGUGUUUUAGUCGUGGGGGUAGCAAGUCGGAGUAAUUUAUUAUCUUUGGCAGGACCAAAUUGAGGCACGGACACUCUGAGAUUAAUUUGAAGAGAUUUUAUUCGUGUACGAUCACGAAACACUACAAAAUUUUAAUGUCUGCAACAUUGUGGUAAACAAUACUAUAGUUCUAGAGCCCUAAAUGGCCCGACAGGCCCUACGAUACGCGCACUGUUAUAAAAGCAAUCCAUUGUCGAGUGUUUACACGCCUGACGCAAUCCAGUACGUUGAAGAACGUAGCCUGGUAAACGAAAACAUGCGUCUUCAUCGCGUCGUUACAAAAGCGUCCCAUUCCGACAAGGAAUUCCCCCUUAGAGGCUCAUUGAAACGAAGCAAGAGAGCCGUUAGCCAGUAAAAUCGCGACUUACGUCCCAGCGCAGGUCGCGAUCGAACCACGCCGCCGUUCCUCGGGGACGAGUAGUACCCAUUUGUCGAUAGAACGGACCACUAAAUCGUCCUGCUUUUUCACGAAAAACAAA